AUGAACAUCGAUACACCGGAGCUGCUCCUCAGAGAGAAAAAGGCUCAGAAACCCCGGGAAAACUUAGAGACAAUUGAACUAACAGAGGGCUCCGAGAUGUGUGUGAAGUUGGGAGUAGAUUGGCCAACCGAACACCGAGAAGCUAUCAUAGCUCGGAUAAAACAGUAUGUGGAAGAGUUUACCAACAAGCCAGAGGAUAUCGGGGGGGAGAAACAGAUUGCUAUCCGAGACGAAGUGGAGAAGCUUUUGAAAGCCGGGUUCAUCAGGAAAGUGGAUUACCCGGAGUGGCUGGCCAAUGUGGUCUUGAUCAAGAAGUCUAAUGGCAGAUGGAGGCUUUGUAUAGAUUUCACUGAUCUAAACAAUGCCUGUCCGAAAGACAGUUUCCCUCUGCCGAACAUUGACCAACUGGUGGAUGCAACGUGUGGAUUCGCAGUCUAUGCAUUCUUAGAUGCUUCUCAGGGAUACCACCAGAUCCCGAUGAACAAAGACGAUGAAGAAAAGACAGAAUUCACCACGGAUCUGGGGACAUAUUGCUACAAGAAGAUGCCUUUCGAUCAACUGGGCAAGAACGUCGAGGUUUAUGUAGAUGACAUAGUCGUGAAAUCCAGAGGGAUCGAGGAUCACGCAGGGGACCUGGCAGAAACUUGUGAAAAGCUGAAGGGUUUCAACCUUAAGUUGAACCCAGAGAAGUGUGUCUUUGCAAUUCGGUCUGGGAAGUUUCUUGGGCACCUCAUCUCGGAGAAAGGCAUCGAGGCGAACCCGGAGAAAAUCGAGGCAGUAAUGAACAUGAAAGCCCCAAACUCAGUAAAAGAAGUGCAAAAGUUGAGUGGAAGAGUCACGGCACUGGGAAGCACACCCCCAGUGCUAGGUAGACCCGAGCCAGGAGAAAUCUUGUACUUAUAUCUCUCGGUGAAUGAUGAGACAGCAGCGGCAAUCCUGGUGAAGGAAGAUAAAGGUCUGCAAACCCCAGUUUACUAUCUCAGCAGGGUCCUGAAAGGCCCGAAGGUCAGAUACCCAAAGAUUGAAAAAUUUGCUUUGGCAUUGAAAGUGGCAGCGGAAAAGCUAAGGAGAUAUUUCGAAGCUCACAUCAUAGUAUUGGGAGGAUAUGACAUCCGGUACGAACCUAGACCUGCUCUGAAAGCGCAGGCAUUGGCUGAUUUUAUAGCCGAGACUACAGCAAGUGACCAACCUGAGGAGGCUGAUGAACAACUUCUAAAGUGGGUCCUAGAAGUCGAUGGGGCAUCAAAUCUGGAAGGAUCUGGAGCAGGCGUGGUCUUGAGAGGCCCUCACGGAGUUACACUCCGAAGCUCGGUAAAAUUCGAUUUCCCGGCGUCCAACAACGCUGCGGAAUAUGAGGCUCUGCUGAUCGGAUUGAGAAUGGUAAAUGUGGUCAAAGUCGAGCAUCAAGUUCCCCGUUUGGAAAACCAAGAAGCUGACGUACUGGCCAAAGCAGCAACAGUGGAUGAAAAGAUACCUGGGGCCCAUUUCUCUGUUCAAAAGCAUUCCAGUAUCGACAACCACGAAACCAUCUUUCUGACCCAGCCUUUGGAGAAUUGGAUGCAAGGCAUAGCCCACUACCUGAUGGACGGAACUCUGCCAGAGAACAGAGACAAAGCAUACAAAAUCCUGCGACAAGCCCCGUACUAUGCUUUCCUCGAUGGAGUCUUGUACAGAAAGUCAUUCACCCACCCGUGGUCGAGAUGCCUAACAACGGAGGAGGGCGAGUAUGUUCUGAGAGAAAUACACGAAGGUAUUUGUGGGGCGCACAUAGCUCCUCGCAUGUUGGCAAAGAAAGCAGUUUUGCAGGGAUAUUACUGGCCCCUGAUGGUCAGGCAGGCGGAGGAGAUAGUAAAGAAGUGCGAGAACUGUCAGAGGCACCAGAACAUCCGACAUGCUCCAACCACAGAGCAGUGUCCUAUCACCAGUCCUUGGCCAUUUGCAACUUGGGGGAUUGACAUCCUGGGACCAUUCACGCCAACCACGGGGCAGAAAAAGUUCUUGAUAGUGGCAGUAGAUCACUUUACGAAGUGGAUCGAGGUAGAAGCAGUAAGCACCAUCACAGAAGCUCGGAUCCGGGAUUUCUUCUGGAGGCAAAUUGUAUGUCGAUUCGGGAUACCCAGAGCGUUGGUAACCGACAACGGGAAGCAGUUCAACUGCCGAGCCUUCUAA